CUGUGUACGAAGAGGAACUCUUUCGUCACCUUUAGGAUACAGAAAUAAAGCUCCGCAGGACGUCUUCAAAACCAAGGAAACUGUCUGUCAAGAGAUAAAACCUAAAACAGGAACUCUCAGAACUCUGUCCUUUUUCUUUCAAAAGCGACCCCACAUCCAUCUGUCUGAAUUGCAGAGAAGGCUGUUCUUGAUCAGCAGCACAGGAACCAAGAGAUGACAUACAGAGCUGACAAAAAGGACCCAGAGUUUAAAGAGGAGCAGGAGGAAGUCCUCACUAGUCAGGAGAGAGCACCGCUUUUACUGAAGCAUGAGGAUGAUGCCAUUGAAUUAAGGGGUAAAGAGCAGAGUGCACAGGAGGAACUCCCUCAUUCCAAGAUCUCUGCAAAAAGACACACACAUGAAUCCGACAACGGACAUGAAGCAUCGGAAUCAAACACUGACCAGCACCUUCUUUCUCAGAGUGUAGAACUGAAUCGCAAUAGUGCCAAGUGUGGAAAGGCAAGAUCAGCCAAGUCCAAAGCCAGGAAUGAACCUUAUAAAUGUCAAUGUUGCAGUAAGGAGUUUGAUGACUUGUCAGAGUUAAAAAGUCACAGCAAAUCACACCCUGCAGACAAAAGUUUUAAAUGUCAUGUUUGCGGAAAAGCAUUCAAGCUGAAGGCCACCAUGCAAAACCAUGUCAGGAUUCACACGGGAGAAAAGCCAUUCCAAUGUAAAUAUUGUGGAAAAGAGUUCAGCUGUCGACGAAAUUACAACAGACACCUCAGAAUCCACACAGGCGAGAAGCCGUACUCUUGUAGCACUUGUGGGAGACGUUUCAACAAUAGUUCGGACGUCAAAUCCCACGCAAAAACUCAUACAGGCGAGAAGCCAUAUAGGUGCAACCGCUGCAAGAAGAAGUUCUCCUUUAAAUCAUCAUUGACAAGUCAUCUCAGGUUGCACACAGGCGAGACCCCUUAUAAAUGCCCUCUGUGUGAGAAAGGUUUUAAUGACCGCACAACUUUAAAAGUCCACAUCAGAACCCACACAGGUGAAAAACCAUACAGGUGUGAAACAUGUGACAAAUCCUUUGUCACCUCAUCAAACCUGAAUAAGCACAAUAUUAUCCAUGCUACUGCUGCACAGAGCUGAGUCACAGUUCGUACAUGGGCCAUAUUUGUGCAGAAUGUGGUUCCAUACUGCUGGGAUUUCAUGGUAAAUGUCCCCAGAGUCACACAAUUCUGUAACUGUGCUUUAGGCCUGAAACAGCUUUGUUUUCUGUGUACAGUGCAC